ACGCCCUGCAGGGCGCGCGACUGAUCAUGCCGAUCAGGCGGUGUUGCGAUUGCGUUAUCACCUGUUCGCCAGCUCGGCAGUGGCCCUUGACCUCGCAAAUCCACUCAAUGUCAUGCGCUUCGUAGCCGCUGUUCGCGGUCACCGAGCUCCCCGGAAAGCCUGAGUCCGGCGGGCGCCAUGCGGAGACGGAACAACUCCGGCGUGCGGCUGGACUACUACCACCGGCUCGUGUCGCACACCAUCCUCAGGUUCCAGGACCCUGUGACCGGACUCAUCCCGAGCCAAAAGUACGAGCAGCACGCCUGGGUUCGCGACAACGUCUACAGCAUCCUCUCGGUAUGGGCACUCUCGUUGGCUUACAAGAAGCAGGCCGAGCUCGACGAGGACCGGGCCCGCACGUACGAGCUGGAGCAGAGUUGCGUGAAGCUCAUGCGUGGCCUGCUCGUGGCCAUGAUGAAACAGCGGGACAAGCUCGAGCGUUUCAAGGAGACUCUGAGCACACACGACUGCCUGCAUGCCAAGUACAGCUCGUUGACGGGCGAGCCGUGCGUGGGCGACGCGGACUGGGGACACCUGCAGCUGGACGCCACGUCCCUGUACCUGCUGGUCCUGGCGCAGAUGACGGCAUCUGGGCUCCAGGUGGUCUUCAACCUGGACGAAGUGGCCUUCGUCCAGAACCUCGUGUUCUACAUCGAGGCGGCCUACUGCACGCCGGACUACGGUAUCUGGGAGCGCGGUGACAAGACUAACCACGGCCUGCCCGAGCUGAACGCUAGUUCUGUGGGCAUGGCCAAGGCGGCACUCGAGGCGAUGAACGAACUGGACCUCUUCGGCGGCCGCGGGGGUCCCUCGUCGGUUAUCCACGUCCUCCCCGACGAGACGCAAAAGUGCGAUGCCGUGCUGCAUUCCAUGCUUCCCCGCGAGUCCAACUCCAAGGAGGUGGACGCCGCGCUCAUGUCGGUCAUCGGCUUCCCAGCCUUCGCCGUCACCGACCCGGCCCUGAUCGAACUGACACGGACCACCGUGGUAGACAAGCUGCAGGGCCAGUACGGUUGCAAGCGGUUCCUGCGGGACGGCUACAAGACAGCGCGGGAGGACCCGCAGCGACUGUACUAUGAGCCCUGGGAGUUGCAGGCAUUCGAGGGCAUAGAGUGCGAGUGGCCCGUUUUUUUCUGCUACAUGGUCGUGGACGCGUGCUUCAGGGGUGACAGCGAAGCCGUCGAUGCAUACAGCGAGAUGCUCGAGCGGCUCGUGGUCACGACCGACGAUGGGUUCAAGCUGGUACCCGAGAUGUAUGCUGUGCCCGAGGAUUGUGUGGAGCUCGAGCGGGCCUCGCCUCAUACCCAAACGCGCGUCCCCGUGGGCCAGCUGCCUUUCAUGUGGGCACAGUCGUUGUAUGUGAUUGGGCGGCUGCUUCAUGAAACCCUACUGGUGCCCGGAGAACUGGACCCCCUGAACAGGCGCCUCGGUGCUUUGCGGCGGCCCGAGGUAGUAGUACAGGUGGUGCUGCUCGCAGAGGACGCUUACGUGCAAGAACGACUCUCCGGACUGUGUCCACCCCUGCAGACCGUGGCUGAAGUGGGCCCUGUGGAGGUGCAACCCGCCCGAGUCCUCGGCCAGCUCUAUUCCCACCUGGGCCAGAGCCGCAAGCUGGGCCUGUCUGGCCGAGCCUCCAAGGAUGUGGGCCUGCUGGCCACCAGCAAGCUGUACCUGUUACAGGACCGCCUCUUCGCAUUCACCCCACAAAACCUGGACAGCGAAGAAUUCCACCUGGUCAACGACAUCGACCUCUUUGCCAGCACCUUGCGGUCGGACAUUGCCGUGCUGCGCUCCCACUGGCACAUGCUCGGCCGCCCCACCGUGGUCGUGACGCUGCAGUCACGCCAGCUCGAGAGAGACCGGGUGCCACCUGCCCUGCGGCAGGCGCUGGUCAAGCUGGCCGGGGGCUACAUUAAUGGCACCCGGGUCGUUCUGGGCUGUCUGGCCGAAUUCGUGAGCACCUCGUGCCUGGCCAGCCUCAGCUUCCUGGGCGACGGUGAGCAGGGCCGUCCGGACUGCCUGGACGCUCAAGUGCGCGACUACCUUGACCGGGAGAUGCGCCGGGCCUUCCUCAAUCGGCCCCUGCGGCCGGGAGCCCUGCGGCCAGGCCUGCCUGGCGCGAGGGCGCGUCGCUCCGGCGUGGCGGGCCUCAUCCGGCGCUCGCGCUCCAUUCAACUUGAUGACGUCGUCAUCCCUUUCGACGGGACCAUCGCGCGGCGAGACUCCUCAUCAGACGAAGAGCCCCAGAGCAUCGUGAGAGCUGUGUCGGAGUUACGACUGGACCAGGCGACGGAGCGAGAGCUGCUGGCGACGUUGCGCGACACAGACUCCCUCGAAGAGCAGGGAGACAUCCUGCACUACCUGGCGAGCCACAAGGGGCUGACUUGGGACACCGGUCUUGGGCAGCCGCACGCGGUGGUGACGGUCAAGGACCUGUUCCAGGACUUCUACGACCGGGCCUGCCAGGAGAAGCGCUGGGGCCUCGUGCGCCAUUUUGCGGGUUCUCUCGGGAAGCGCGUCGAGGACCUGGCAAAGUCUGUCACGGACUUGCUGGUUCGCCAGAAGCAGGUGACUGUCGGCAUGCCGCCCCACAGCGAGCACACCAUCACACGGCCGCUGUCCACCCGCGAGUUGCGAGCCAUCAUCAACCGGGCCCACCGGGGUGACCAGAGCACGGCCAUGCUGACCCAGGAGCUCCUAGUCUACCUUAGCAUGUUCAUCCACACCGACCCACAGCUCUUCGUCGAGAUGCUCCGGCUGCGUGUCGGGCUCAUCAUCCAGGUGAUGGCCUCCGAGCUGGCCCUCCGCUGCGCCCCUGAGAACGCCAGCGAUCUACUGCUGAGCCUGAGCCCCUUCGAGAUGAAGACGCUGCUCAUGAACAUCCUCAGUGGCAGGGAAUUCACAGUCAAAAGUGCCACUUCGGGGGCCCUCUCGGUCACAGCCAGCUUUGUGAACAAGCGCAGCGCGGCGGGCACGUUCCUGCGGAGCGAGCAGGAGGAUGAGUCUUCCAGAAACCGACAGGGACAGUGGCUGCGCCGGCGUCGCCUGGACGGGGCCCUCAACAGGGUACCAGGAGGCUUCUACCCACGCGUCUGGGCCGUGCUCGAGCGCUGCCCGGCCCUGCAGGUGCGCGGCCAAAGUUUGCUGGCAUCGGUCACCCACGAGAUGACCCCCGGGGAGCUCAAGUUUGCACUGCGGGUGGAGCAGCUGCUCAAUUCGGUGCCGGAGCCAGAGUACCGGCAGCUCUUUGUCGAAGCCCUCAUGGUGCUUGGGCUAGCCGUGGAGAAUGCUCUGCCUGUCGGGCCAACGGAUGUGGAGGCCCUUGUGCGUUCUGCCCACGAGCUCUUCCUCGAGGACCAGCGGCGCUGCCGUGGAAACUCGUCCCUUUGCUGCUGCAGUGGACGACCUGGAGGCACCUGGUGCCGGCCCACCGCGGGCCUCUGUCAGCACUUCUAUGACAGUGCACCCAGCGGCUGCUUUGGUACCAUGACCUACCUGGUGCGUGCUGUGGCUUCCUCUCUUCAGGACCUGUCCUGCAUCCAGCUGGAAUGUGCCACCUCCUAGGCUGUCAUCUGCAUUCUGCUACUACUAGAUUUGUUUAUGUAGUUCCUACUUACAGCCAUUCGAUUUCCUAGUGCUGUACCCUUGAUGCAAGAGUGAGGGGCUGGUUCGAGACAACUAAGUUUGUUGCUGGAUAAAGGGAAACAAAGUGUUGGGACGGUGUUAAGUGGCAUCAAUCUGCCGUUUUUAUGACUGUUGCGACCACAAUCUGCCAUGGCUUCCUCUGUCUGGUACCUGCCCUGAUUCCAGCUGGAAUGAUACGCCUACACUUUUGUUGGUGCUCAUUGCCAUCAUACAGUGCUUGUUGAAUGUUGUGGUGCCUGUUGACAGCAGCAGGUCUUUAUUGCACAUCAUCGAUAGAAGCUUCAGGGUACAAGUCAGUCCUACUGAGGGAAAAGAAAUGGCAGGAGUGUGUUAGUACGCUGUCCUUCACUCGUGUUUGAACCGUCGUCUAUCUGGCAUGUGCCGUGGCAUGCUGCUUUCUACUGGAACGCUCUGCCUCCCAUACUGAUAUAGGCAGAUGUUCCCCACUAGAUUUAUUUAAUGUUGUGGUGCCUACUGACAGCCAUGGGCCUGUUUUUUUUGUUGCAGAUGGUUUAUAUUAUAUAUGUGUGCGGGUGCAGGCCACCCAAGGACUAUACUCCGUUUCACCUUCAGUCCGAGCGCAGCGGACGCUAGGAGCCAUCCCAGCCAAUCCAGCGGUGAGAGGGUGUGGUGUGACCUUGAGGUCCCUGCGUCGCUCUGCCCGACCAGCAGGUCCCACUAUUUUCUCCCGGCGCUGGCUCGGCUGGGAUAGCUUGUGGCGUCCACUACGCUCGGACUGAAGGUGGAAUGGAGUAUAGGAAAGUUGUUGAAUGGUAUGCAAUCCACUGUGCCUAGUCAUGUCCGGAACCAGGAAAGUCAGCCUCCGUGGCUUGUUGGUUAGAUAGAAAUGCACAAUUCUAAUGUUGGCCUUGCAGAUAAUUAGGAGUUUUCAAUAACUUCAAAGGGAAGGAAGCAUACGAGUUGCCCUGCCAGCCUGUCGGUCAAACCUGCCUGUUCUGAACAGGCUGGACGAGGAAAAGCUCGCAAACUAAAAGCUGCUUCGACCAUGCUCCCAGUGACUUCCCUGUGAAGCGGCAGGCCGAUUGCAUGACAGGAGACACAUGCAAGCUUGUAGGUGGUGCAGUACACACUCCAAAGAUUCAGAACAGCUUGUCAGAUGUCAUUUGACCUCGUGAUUCACUGAAGUGAUGCACUUAGGUCAAGCCAUCUUGCAGCAGCAAAAGGAGACUUUUGGAGCAGAGGCAUGGACUCGGUUUUAAUUGGUCUUACUGCAAAUGAAGUCUUGGUCACAUCCUUUGUUAAAAAAACAGUGAAGACAACCUCUGUUGCUUUGAAAUGGAUAUGUCUUGUGACUGCAAGCAAGGCCAAGAUGCCAAGUUAUUUUUGUAGCUUUUUGUAAGAGCAUUGUUUGUCACUGUGGUGUUUACAAAGACCAAAAUGGCAAGAGGAGCAAAGUGUUCGAGUCAUUCUCUUCGUGUACCAUCAAGUCAUUAUCGUGGUAGAACUUUCUUUCACAGCAGGGAAUGCAAGCCAGCACAUUCUUCCAUUGUGGUGAUAAGCCUAUCUCAGUGGCGUAGGCAGGGGAGUGGUUUGGGGGUCAAAAACACCCCCAAAAUCAUUUUAUUUUUUAUUUGUUCCAGUCAGUUGGUGGGUUGGGGACGGCCAUGUCCGUACUCGUGAAUUGCACAGUACAUUGACUACUACAUGCGGAGAUGGGAGAACGCCCCUCGCCCCCCAAAAAAAUUCCUGGCUACACCACUGGUAAAUAUAAAGCAUUUUUGUGCCUGCAA